AUGCAUCGAACUACAAGAAUAAAGAUAACGGAACUAAAUCCUCAUCUGAUGUGCGUUUUAUGUGGAGGUUACUUCAUCGACGCAACCACCAUUGUUGAAUGUUUGCACUCAUUCUGUAAGAUGUGCAUUGUGAGGUAUCUAGAAACCAGCAAAUACUGUCCAAUUUGUGAUGUCCAGGUUCACAAAACAAAACCUUUACUUAAUAUAAGGUCAGAUAAGACCCUUCAAGACAUAGUGUACAAGUUGGUACCAGGUCUGUUCAAAAAUGAAAUGAAACGUAGACGAGAUUUUUACGCUGAACAUCCAUCAGUUGAUGCUGCCAAUGGCUCAAAUGAAGAUCGAGGGGAAGUAGCUGAUGAAGACAAGAGAAUAAUUGCUGAUGACGAGAUUAUCAGCCUCUCCAUUGAGUUCUUUGACCACAAGUACUGUCAAUUUAACUGUAGAGGAGAAGAUGAAGAAGUGUCACAAGAGACAAAUGUUAAAAGAUAUUUGCAGUGUCCUGCUGCCAUGACAGUAAUGCAUCUAAGGAAAUUUCUCAGAAGUAAAAUGGAUAUUCCUUGUUCAUUUCAGAUUGAUGUUAUGUAUGAGGAUGAACCUUUGAAAGAUUACUACACAUUAAUGGACAUUGCCUAUAUCUACACUUGGAGAAGGAAUGGGCCUUUGCCACUGAAGUACAAAGUUCGACCUGGCUGUAAGAAGAUGAAGAUGAGCAGCCCCAGAGAUGACGUGACCAACAGCAGAAAGCCCGAGACAGAGAGUGACUCAGGCAGUGAAAAACCAAACAGCCCACCUGCUGGUGCCCCUUCUAACUCCUCCUCCUUGCCAAGUCCCAGCACUCCAGCCCAGUCUCCACACCCUAACUUUCCCCACAUCUCCACCAUUAAUGGAGCCCCCACUAAACCAAACGGCCAAACUCCCCUCAGCAGCAAAGUCUGUAAGGCCUCUGUCAAUGGUUCACCCUCUUUAGGGUGA